AUGAGCACCGCUAUUCCCAGCAAAAGUUCCCCCAGUCCUCAAAUAUUUCCUCAACUCUCUUCGAACCACGGGGAAGCCAAUGGUGGAAACAACUCUUUGGACCAAUCAAAGUCUGAUAACAGGACUUCUAAACUCAUCAAAGAAGAGGAGAAAGAAACAGGCAAAGUGAGCUUGCACGUUUACAAAGUUUAUUCAAGCCUUCAAAGUGAGGGCCUUGAGAAGGAGUCCAUUUUCAGUGAUUUUGAAGUUUUACAUGCACAUACUGCCAGACUUGAAGGCAAAGUGGCGCUGAUCACCGGAGCAGCAAGUGGCAUAGGAAAGGCAACUGCAUCCAAAUUUAUCAGCAAUGGUGCCAAAGUUGUCAUUGCAGAUAUCCAACAGCAGCUUGGCCAGGUCACAGCAUAUGAGCUCGGUCCCAAUGCGACCUUCAUCGCCUGUGAUGUCUCAAAAGAAUCCGACAUUUCCAAUGCUGUAGAUUUCACCAUCUCUAAACAUAGCCAGCUUGACAUUAUGUACGCCAAUGCAGGGGUAGCCUGCAACACUCCCCCGAGCAUUGUGGACCUCGACCUGGCAGUGUUCGAUCGUGUCAUGAACAUCAACGUGCGAGGAGUCAUUGCAGGAAUGAAACAUGCUUCACGUGUGAUGAUCCCGCGCAAAACAGGCUCCAUUCUAUGCACAGCCAGCGUCACAGGACUAAUGGGAGGACUCGCACAGCACACCUAUUCAGUAUCCAAGUUUGCUGUCAUAGGCAUUGUUAAGUCUGUGGCUGCAGAGCUAAGCAAGCAUGGAAUUCGGGUCAAUUGUAUAUCGCCAUUUGCCAUUCCAACCCCAUUUGUACUUGAAGAAAUGAGUCGGAUUUUCCCGGGAGUCGAUAUACAGCGUCUAAUAGAAAUAACACAGAAUGCCGGCGUCUUGGAAGGCACAAAUUGUGAACCCAACGAUAUUGCUAAUGCUGCACUUUAUCUAGCUUCAGAUGAUGCUAAAUAUGUUAGUGGGCAUAAUUUGGUGGUAGAUGGAGGUUUUACAUCUUUCAAGACUUUGGAAUUUCCUGCACCAGAUCAGGUGCAUUAAACAUUCAUUAUCAGUUGUCACUGACUCACUAUGCAAAGACAUAUGAGAUGAGAAGACAUUGAUUCAAAAGAUGAAGGCCUUUUCAUGCAAGAUUGAUUUAUGAAAACUUACUGCUUUUACAUAGGAAAUGCAGGACAAGAUAAAUUACUAAUUUGGUGAAAUGAAAAGUGAAAAGUGAAAACCUUCAUCAA